AUGUUAGAAGGAGGUACUAAGCACUGGUGGGGUUUAGUGAAGCAUUCAUGGGAAGAGUUAGGGACAGAAGUAAGCUGGGGAAACGUUUUAGAAUCCUUCAAUGAGAAGUACUUUCCUAACUCUGUACAAGAAAGAAAAGAAGUAGAGUUUAUUAAGCUGCAACAGGGGAAUCUAUCACUAGAGCAGUAUGCGGCCAAGUUCAUUGAGCUGUCAAGGUAUGCGCCAAACAUCAUCAAUACCGAGGCAUGGAAGGUAAAAACAUUUGAGAGAGGUAUUAGGCCAAAAAUAAGGGGGAGGGUGAUAUCAGUGAAUUUUAAGCCCUUCUCCCCUUUGGUACAUUUGGCCUUGAAGAUUAAGAGGGACUACGAAGAGUCCCGGGUUGGAGGAAACUGGAGGACGGGAUCAGCCCAGUUGGGAAAUUUGAGAAAGAAGACUCGACCACCUCCUCUAAGGAAAAAUUUCAAGAGAAGAGAUAACCAGAGAGAUAAGAAGAUUCAGAGAACUUUGCCAGGCGACAUAAGGGAGAACAGGUGCCCAACUUGCCCACAUGGUGGGAAGGACAAUCAUUCGGCAGCUGAGUGCCAAAGGAAGAAGGGGGCGUGCUUCAAAUGUGGUAAGCCUGACCACUAG